AUUCACGGAUCUUAUUGUAUUUGUUUUGUAAGUCGUAAAGUAAACCCAUUAUCAUCGACGCCUAGAUCGAGUAGAUCGUCUCAACUCCCGACUUAAGGAAAUUCAGUCUAUUAUUACUAUUGCUGCGAAUUAUAUUGUUGCUGUUAUAAUAUAUUAUAAUAUAAUAUUUUAAUAUUGUAAUUCGAUUGUUGCGUUAUCACGUCGUAGGUCGUCGACAUUGUCGACAAGAAUUCUUCGGAUCAACAGGAAAUACCAAUUAUUGUGCGAUCGUUUUUUUUUCAUUUCUGGUUUUUUUUUUGUUUAUUCAAGUCUGCCGGUUAUUAUCGUUACGUCAUCGAUAGCUGCUCCUGUUCUGGUGUACCGGUACCAAGGACGCCUAGAUACUCCUCCACAACGCUAAAUAAAAAAAAAAGUCGCUCAUCUCGCGAAUACGAUCGCAACGCAACGUUCGGUUGACUGCCGUGUAAGGGACGGCCAUAAAUAACAACAAAAGUAAACAAUGGUUGACACAGCUGAAGCUACCAGGCGAUUGAACGUCAAGAAACAAACAUUGGAUGAUGCGUAUGCGGCUCCGGCCAAUUUCUUGGAAAUUGAUAUACUAAACCCAAUAACUCAUGGUGUGGCCAAAAAGCGCUACACCGACUAUGAAGUUCGCAUGAGAACAAACUUGCCAGUGUUUAAGGUCAAAGAAUCCAGUGUCCGUAGGCGUUACAGUGAUUUUGAAUGGUUGCGCAAUGAACUAGAAAGAGAUAGUAAGAUUGUUGUACCUCCUUUGCCUGGUAAGGCAUGGAAAAGACAAAUGCCAUUCCGAAAUGAUGAUGGUAUAUUUGAGGAAGAAUUUAUUGAAGAACGACGAAAAGGCCUUGAAGUUUUUAUAAACAAAAUUGCUGGUCAUCCAUUGGCACAAAAUGAAAGAUGUUUACACAUAUUCCUACAAGAACCAGUAAUUGAUAAAAGUUAUGUGCCAGGUAAAAUCAGAAAUACUUAAGUUAGAAUUAGUCAAAAUCUCCACCGAUUAUGCCUCUAAAUGUUAUUUUUAUUUCGCCAAUGAAUUCUUUACAAUUUUCAAAUAAUUUGUUUGUUUCUACAAUACCUUAAAAUAGAUAUUUUUUUUAUUAGUAAUUAUUAAUAUUUUUAAUAAUCAUUAUUGUCAUUUAUAUUUUAUUUUUAUUUUAAAAAUCUCAUUGUACUCAAACCUUUAUUUUAGAAUUAUGUUACAACAUCCCUAAAUGGAAUUAUGUUAUUUUAGUG